AGGGAAAUACGGCUUAGGGCAAGUAGCUGGGGACAAGAAUGUGCACACCUGAACCUGCUGACAUGGCUGAUCGUGGGGCUGAUGAUCCACCCUCCAGGACAGGGAGUCCUGAUGGAGAAAGUCAGGUCUCUGAGGACAGAUGGUCACACCAUCAGAGGCUGGCCAUCAGGGAGCUCAUUGACACCGAGGUCUCCUACUUGCACAUGCUCCAGCUCUGUGCCUUGGGCAUCAGGAGCCGCCUGAAGCAGCUGCCACAGGGAGAUCUGGAUGUUCUGUUCUCAAACAUUGAUGAUCUCAUCAAGGUGAACAGCAGAUUUCUUCAGGAUCUGCAGGAGACAGACACCAGGGGAGAGAAACAAGUGCAGCUAAUUGGUAACUUAUUCCUGGAAUUCCAAGAGGAGUUGGAGCAAGUCUACAAGGUCUACUGUGCCAACUAUGACCAGGCCUUGCUGCUGGUGGAGUCAUACCGGAGGGAGCCAGAGCUGCAGCGGGAGAUCCAGGGCAUCAUUGAGGCGGUGGUGCCACAAGCUGGACCCUCAGGCCUCAGUUUCUUACUGGUCAUCCCUCUGCAGAGGAUUACCAAGUACCCAUUACUGCUGCAGAAAAUUCUGGAGAACACACUCCCUGAUGCCAGUGCCUAUCCUGUCCUCCAGAGGGCUGCCUCUGCCCUCCACGAUGUGAACACCAACAUCAACGAGUACAAGAGGCGUAAGGAAUUGGCUUCCAAGUACACCAAGGUGGAGCAGCUCAGCCUCCGGGAGCGGCUGGCCCGCAUCAACACGCACACCCUCUCCAAGAAGACCGCUCGGCUGAGCCAGUUGCUGAAGCAGGAGGCGGGGCUCGUGUUCAGGACAGAAGACAAGGAAUUUGAUGCCUUAGAAGAGAAGUUCCAGGGGGUGUCGCUGUGUGUGACUGAGCUGAGAAACAACGUGGCUACUUACAUGGACAAUCUGGAGGCUUUCCUCCACUUCCGGCCGCAGGAAUCCGAUCUGGACAUGCCUGGGGGGCCUGUGGGGCAGUACUGCAACCUGGCAAGAGACCUUCAGCUCCAGGCUUUUCCUGUGUUUAAGCAGCGGCUGGAAGGCCUGGUGUGGCAGCCGCUGUGCAGCCUGGCCAAAGCUCUCGCCGGCCCUCGGAACUUGAUCAAGAAGCGUCUGGACAAACUACUGGACUUUGAGCAUCUGGAAGAGAAGCUGCUGGAGGCGGGCAACGUGACCUACGAAGAGGAGGAGGCCCGGCACACGUACCAGGCACUCAACUCCUUGCUAGUGGCUGAGCUCCCGCAGUUUAACCAGCUGGCCAUGCAGUGGCUGGGCCAGAUCCUGUGCACAUUCGUGGCUCUCCAGAGGGACCUUGCCGAGCAAGUGUUGCAGAGGGCAGAGGGCAGCUUGGCCCAGCUCCCCCACCACCACCUCUCUGAGCCGGCCUUCAGGAAGCUGGUGGAGGAUGCACUAGGCCAGGCCGGUCACCAGCUUCAGUCCUUUCAAAAGAACUUCGAGAAAGUGCUGCCACCUCCCACUGUACAACCACUCCUUCCAGGGGCUGAACACCAGCUGCAGGCUCUCCUGAGCAGGUAUGGCCCAGGGAAGCUGUACCAAGUGACAAGCAGCAUCAGCGGGGCAGGGACUCUGGACCUGACAUUGCUGCGGGGCCAAAUCGUGGCCCUCCUCCAAAACAAGGACACCAAAGGCAACAGCAGCCGCUGGCUGGUGGACACUGGGGGACAUCGAGGGUACGUGCCCGCUGGGAAACUGGAGCCGUACCACAUCGUCCCCAGUGAGGAGAAGCCCAGAGGGCAGGCAGCGCCUCUUAAGGACUCCCAACAUCUAACAGCCGAGUCCACCCCAGCCCCAGUCCCCUCUGUCCCAGCUGAGACCCAGGUGUUUCAGGUGGUCGCAGUGUACCCCUUUGUGGCCAGAAGCAGCCAUGAAGUGAGUCUGCAGGCAGGCCAGCCAGUGACUGUCCUGGAGGCCCAGGACAAGAAGGGCAACCCGGAAUGGAGCCUCGUGGAAGUGGACGGACAGAGCGGAUAUGUGCCUUCCAGCUUCCUGGCCCGGGCACCGAGCCCGGCUCCGUGGGGCUGGAGUCUGCCCUCCUAGGGCGCCUGCCUCGGAGCCCAUGUGGCCAAGGGAUGAGGAUUAGAGGCUGUGACCCCAGAGAA